AUGUCAAAUGGAUCUGCUUUGCCUGUCACGUCGGUAGAAGAACCAGUUGCCAUCCUAGCCAGAGAUGUGAGGAAAUUGCUCUCGAGAGCCAUUCCUAUUGUUAAGGUCCGUUGGAGGCAUCGUUCAGUCGAGAAGGCUACCUGGGAGACCGAGCAGGAGAUGCGAGAGCAGUUUCCCGACUUGUUUGAGCCUUCAGGAAGUAAAAGAUCUAGAGAAGUGAAUUUUGGAGCGCGCGUGAUCUGCGUUCAGUUCAGUCGGCCUAUGAUGCCUACUGGGUACCUGUUGUUUGGUACUCAUGCUACACUCUGCAUCUAUUUUCGUGAUGCAGGAUGGCUCGCACGCGAGGCGGUGCAUUCGGGGGAGAUGCACCCGGAGCCUCAGCUUGGGGUAGACAUCGACCCUGAGGUCGAGAUAUUAGCAGCUAUUGGGGAUAUGCGACAGGCACCAGCACCAGCAGUACCAGCACCAACGCUGCAAGAUCAGCCGCUACCAGUUCAUGUGUUCGCCUCACCAAUUUUAGAGGUUAGAGAGAUGCCACUGCGGGAUCAGAAGAUUCUUGGGGUAUUUCAGAGGUUGGCACCGCCUAUAUUCUUAGGGGCGAUUGGAGAGGACGCUCAUGAGUUCAAGCUCACUUGCCAGGAGCAGUUACAGUCAUUAGGCCUUUUGGAGUCGAGAGGAGCUGACUUUACCGCCCAUCAGUUCCGUAGGCCAGGCAGGCAGUGGUGGCGUACGCAUCGAGAGUCUAGGCCAGUUGGAUCUCCUAUUAUAUCUUGGAGUGAGUUCUCAGAGGCUUUCUUGGCCCAGUUCAUGCCACAGAGCGUCAGAGAUAGGCUUCGUGAUCAGUUCUCUAGAUUGGAGCAGGUAUCUAUGACUGUUUCAGAGUAUGAGGCGAGGUUCCAUGAGUUGUCUCGCCAUGCUACUAUGAUCCUGCCCACAGAGGGAGAGAGAGUUCGUUGUUUUGUACGUGGGUUGCGAUACCGUUUGAGGGUUGACACAGAGCAUAUGGUUUCAGCUGGCCGUUCUUUUAUUGAUGUGGUCGAUCAUGCCCGAUCCAUGGAGCAUAUUCAUCAUGAGGCCCAAGGGGGCAGCGAUAAGAGGGCACGCUACCAGGGCAGCUAUAGCGAGUCGCAGACUAGGGGGAGGGACUCAUAUGAUAGGCCACGUCAGAGGUUCGAGCAGGAAUGCCCCCGGCGAGGUCGGGAGGCGAUUGUACCAGCUCUACCUACUUCUAAACCAGUUUCAGCCGUGUCUUCUUCGGCUAGAGGAGGUGGUCAGAUUCAGGUUCGUCGGGAGAGUCAACAGGGUACCAAGGGUGGAGCUCAGGGAGGCAGGUCAAGUGGUAGACCGGGUGCACCAAGUAGAGGUGCUCAGGGCCAUUUCUACGCAGCCCCGACAAGGGCGGCUGCUGAGGCAUCUAACGAUGUCAUCUCAGAUAUGAUUGAUUUUGAUGUGAUUUUGGGCAUGGACUGGUUAUCCCCAUAUCAUGUGGUCUUGGAUUGCUAUGCCAAGAUUGUUACCUUAUCCAUGCCUGGUGUUCCCCCGGUAUUGUGGAAGGCUGCUUAUAGUCACACACCGACGGGGAUAAUCUCUUUUAUUCGAGCUAGGUGGUUGGUUGCUUCUGGGUGUUUAGCAUAUUUGGCCCACAUCAGGGAUGUGAGUAGGGAGGGCCCUUCAGUUGACUCAGUUCCUGUGGUUAGAGAGUAUGCAGAUGUGUUCCCUACAGAUCUACCUGGCCUACCCCCAGAGCGUGACAUUGAUUUUGCUAUAGAUUUGGAGCCUGGCACCCGUCCUAUUUCUAUUCCGCCUUAUCGGAUGGCUCCUGCAGAGCUCACAGAGCUCAGUGUUCAGUUAAAGGACCUCUUAGAAAAGGGGUUCAUUCGUCCGAGUGUGUCGCCUUGGGGUGCUCCUGUUCUGUUUGUGAAAAAUAAGGAUGGGACUUUGAGGAUGUGCAUUGACUACAGGCAACUGAACAAGGUUACGCUGAAGAACUGUUACCCUAUGCCUCGAAUAGAUGAUUUGUUUGAUCAUCUUCAGGGUGCCACCAUAUUUUCUAAGAUUGAUUUGAGGUCCGGGUACCAUCAACUGAGGAUUAGAGCAGCAGACAUCCCUAAGACUGCAUAUAGGACUCGUUACGGCCAUUAUGAGUUUCUUGUGAUGUCUUUUGGGUUGACUAAUGCCCCAGCCACCUUUAUGGACUUGAUGGCACGUGUGUUCAGGCCAUACCUUGAUUCAUUUGUUAUCAUUUUCAUUGAUGACAUAUUGGUAUACUCGCGGAGCUGGAGUGAGCAUGAGCAGCAUUUGAGGAUAGUGCUCCAGACUUUGAGAGAUCAGCAGCUUUAUGCCAAGUUCUCAAAGUGCGAGUUUUGGCUUGCAUCUGUAGCAUUCUUGGGGCACGUGGUGUCUAAGGAGGGUAUUAGGGUAGAUCCGACGAAGAUUGAAGCUAUUCGUGAUUGGGACAGACCCACUUCUGUUACUGAGGUUCGUAGCUUUGUCGGGUUAGCGAGUUACUACAGGCAUUUUGUUGAGGGCUUUUCUACUAUUGCAGCUCCUUUGACUCAGUUGAGUCGCCAGGAUAUUCCCUUUGUGUGGUCGGAGGAGUGUGAGAUGAGCUUUCUGAAGCUCAAGGGGUUGCUUACUAGCGCUCCUAUAUUUACUCUUCCGAUUGAGGGCGAGGGUUUCAUGAUUUAUUGUGAUGCGUCUGGUGUUGGUGUGGGUUGUGUAUUGAUGCAGCAGGGCCGGGUAAUUGCGUAUGCGUCGAGGAAGCUUAAGGUCCAUGAGCGCAACUACCCCACCCAUGACUUGGAGUUAGCAGCGGUAGUUUUCGCGCUUAAGAUUUAG